AUGUAUGGACCAAUUCCGUCUGAAUGUAAGCCGGCUGUCGCUGUCAUCCAAACAGAAAAUGAGAUCAACCAUUGUAAUGGUAAUAAAACUAUCAAGGCGAGCCAGACCCAACGAUUCAGUUUGAUAACACCACUAUCUCGUAUUCUGCCCGAUCGAUUAUUGAAAAAUGCUGACGAACAAGGAGAGCAACCUACGAAGCUCAAGAACACAAACAGUCUCAAAGUGGCAUUCAGUGAAUUUUAUCUAAUGCUGAUUCUAUUACAAAAAUUUCAACUACUCAACUUCACUGGCUUUCGUAAAAUAUUAAAGAAACAUGAUAAACUAUUCCAAACGACACGUGGCGAUGAAUGGCGGUAG